AUGACGAGAGGGUAUUCAUUGGAACAAGAUUUAAGAUUACUAAUAAAUAAUCCAAAAUAUAGUGAUAUAGAAAUCUUAUGCGAAGAUGGAAAGAAAUUACAUUGCUGUAGAGCAAUUUUAGCAGCAAGGUCCGAAGUAUUUGAUAGACUACUUUAUAAUGGGAUGAAGGAAACUUAUGAAAACCAAAUUUCUUUUCCAAAAAUUAAUUCUGCUGGAAUGGAAAUUAUAUUAGAAUAUAUUUAUACAGGGUCAGUUAAAGGAGAAUCUUUAACAAAAGAUAAUACAGUUGAAGCUUUUUACGCUGCAAAUUAUUUUCAAUUAACCGACCUUCAGGAUUUUAUUACAAAAACGUUUAAGAAUACUAAUUUAUCAAAAAAUUAUUCACCAGAAUUAUUAUCAAAAGUUUCAGAAAAAAUGCCAUUAACAGAAGAUAACAUUUUGCUUAAUUUAUUGGUUGAAGCAGUAGCAAUUAUACCAUUAAAUAAUAUCGAAUUUGGUCGAUUAUCUAUUGCCGGUCUUAAAUAUCUUUUAUCUAUUACUCAUGAAAAAGAAAUACCAUUUGCAACCAGGGAGUAUGAAGUUUUUCGAUAUAGUGCAAUUCUAGCAGCAAAACAAGUCUCAAAUGAUGCAUAUGAAUCCAUUAUGGAACGGUUGCCAGUUUUAGAUCAAGUAGAGAAUACAAUUAAAGUAGAAAAUAAAUUUAUUACAUAUCGUCAAAAAGUUGCUAAAGAAAUGGAACCUUUGGUUAAGUAUAUUGAUUUUAAGCGAAUCAAAGGCCAGAUAUUAGUUAAUUUCAUUGAACCACUAGAAAUCAUUCCAGCUGAAAUAAUUUUAGGUAUUUAUCGAAAUGUAGUGUCAUUAAAUAGUUUAAAUUUUAAUGAUAUCCGUGGGAAACCACAUAUAAUUAAUGAAAUCGACUAUGUUUGGGAUGAAACAGCAUGUGGAUCACGACUUAUUAUUGAGGAUAAUGGAAAAGUUGUUCGUGCACCAAAUAAUCUUAACUCAUAUCAAAGUGUUAGAGCUAAAAUGUUAUUAGAAAAUAAAGGUAUUUUUAAAUGGGAUGUUGUUAUUGAGAAAGGUUAUAAUUAUGCCUGGGUAGGAGUAUGUGCAUCAGAAAAUUUUAAUUCUGAAGUUUAUGCAGGAAGCCAACCUACCGGAUGGGUAUUAGGUUCCGGUGGUUAUUGUCGUAAUUUUGGUAAGACAGUAUAUUAUUGUCCGCCAUUUGGUGAUAGCACAAAAGUUACUGUUCAUUUAGAUAUGAAUAAAAGAACUUGUGCUUUUACAGUCAAUGGCACAAAGUAUCGGGAGGUAUCAGAAUGGAAUAAUUUGCCAUCAAAACUUUAUCCAGUAGUAUCAAUAUAUCAUCUUGAUCGCUUUCGAAUUCAAUCACAUAAAGAAAAUUAG